AUGCUACACAACAUAACCAAGACUUGUAUUGGUGUAGUACAGCCGGUACUCACUAGCGCAAAGUCAACAAAGUUGCAUCAGAUAUUUGUACGUCGUUUUCACAUGAAUGAACUGAAAAGACGUUUAAAGGCAGAACAAAAAUUAAAAGAAAAGGUAGAGAAAGAAGCAAAGGUAGCCAUUGCAGCAGCAACAGUGAGCGAAGUUAAACCUCGUGAAAAAAAGGAUACUACAGAAGAAGAAAUUAGUCCAAAUGAAUACAUUAAACUUAGGACACAAGCAGUUACUCAUCUUAAAAAUGCCAAUGAUAGCCCAUAUCCACAUAAAUUUCAUGUAUCAAUGUCAUUGGAAAAUUUCAUUGAGAAGUUUAACGAUAGUUUGAAGGACGGACAAGUAUUAGAGAAUGAAGUACAUAGCAUUGCUGGCCGUGUGCAUGCAAUUAGGGAAUCUGGUGCUAAACUUAUUUUUUACGACCUCAGAGGAGAAGGUCUUAAAAUACAAGUCAUGGCUAAUGCAAGACAUUAUGCUAACAAAGAGAAAUUUGUCACUGAUAUUUCUAAAAUUAGAAGAGGUGAUAUUAUUGGUGUUGUUGGAAAUCCUGGAAAAACUAAAAAGGGUGAAUUUUCUAUCAUGCCGCAUAAUAUUACCCUUUUAAGUCCCUGUUUACAUAUGUUACCAAACCUUUACUUCGGACUAAAAGAUAAGGAAACAAGGUUCCGACAGCGAUAUUUAGAUCUGAUACUAAAUGAUAAAGUAAGGAGAACAUUCCAUGUGCGAGCAAAAAUCAUCGCAUACGUUCGUAAAUUUCUCGAUGAACACGGUUUUUUGGAAGUUGAAACACCAAUGAUGAACAUGAUUGCUGGUGGUGCUACAGCCAAACCAUUUAUUACACAUCACAAUGAAUUGAAUAUGGAUUUGUACAUGCGUAUUGCUCCAGAACUAUACCUUAAAAUGUUAGUUGUUGGUGGAUUCGAUAGAGUGUAUGAAAUUGGAAGACAAUUCAGAAAUGAAGGAAUUGAUUUAACACAUAAUCCAGAAUUUACUACUUGUGAAUUCUAUAUGGCUUAUGCAGACUAUAACGACCUAAUGUCGAUUACAGAAGAUAUGAUAUCUGGAAUGGUGAAAACCAUACAUGGUAGCUAUAAAAUAACAUACCACCCUGAGGGGCCUGAGGGAGAAGCAGUGGAAAUUGAUUUUACUCCACCUUUUAAGCGUGUUUCUAUGAUGAAGACUUUGGAAGAAAUGUUAAAGGUGAAAUUACCUCCAGCAGAUGAAUUAAAUACACCAGAAGCGAAUCAGAUGCUCAGUGAACUCUGUGCCAAACAUGAAGUUGAAUGUCCUGCACCCAAAACAACUACCAGAUUGUUGGAUAAGCUUGUUGGUGAAUUUAUAGAAGAAAGUUGUAUCAACCCCACAUUUAUCUUAGACCAUCCUCAAAUUAUGUCUCCACUAGCUAAAUGGCAUCGUUCUGAAAAGGGUCUCACAGAACGAUUUGAAUUAUUUAUUAUGAAGAAAGAAGUCUGUAACGCGUAUACAGAAUUGAAUGAUCCUAUAGUGCAAAGAGAGAGGUUUGAACAACAAGCCAAGGAUAAAGCAGCUGGAGAUGAUGAAGCACAACUUAUUGACGAAAACUUUUGUACCGCCUUAGAAUAUGGUUUACCACCAACAGCUGGUUGGGGACUGGGGAUCGAUCGAGUUACUAUGUUCCUUACAGAUUCUAAUAACAUCAAGGAAGUACUGCUAUUUCCACAAAUGAAACCAGAUGAUCCAAAUAAGAAUAAAGAUGUUUCUGAAGAUGAUAAAGCAACUACCAAGAACACAGAAAACAACGUGGACAAAUGA